UCUCUCUCUCUCUCUCUCUCUCUCUCUCUCUCUCAACUCUCAACCACUGGAUGGUAUAUCAGUUCACACAGCAAGAAGCCAAGGACCCACCGAGGCUGUCACUUGGAAGAGGUCAUUGUUGUUGCAUCCAGCAUCCCAGCCUGACUGCCUAGACAGGUCCCGCAGGUUGCUGAAUGGCAGAGGUGCAGGCUGCUCCACAGCAAGAUGUGAGACCAGUGUGGCAGAGUAUGAUGUGUACACAAUGAGGGACACACUGUAGCCAACCCAGUAGAUUACCCGUGCUGCAGUGCUGAUUGGGUCCUCACCUUGUUGUAGGAGCGCUGACAACAUGUACCAGCCAGCAGCAACUCCCAUGCUAACAGGCUUCUCCCCCGUGGGUAUGUAGCACCUCUGGAGUCGCUCGAUGAAGAAGAGGAUGCUGGCGAGGCCUGUCGUGUUAGCCGGGAUGCGCCGGUACAGAGCUGUGUCCGUUGGGGUUGUGUAGGCAAGCAUCUUCUUGGCAAGGUCCUCGUAGGUGGCCGCAAACAGUUUACGGCUGUGGGAUGAGAACUUGUCUUGUGAAUGUGACGUUGGGAGGAGGGAAGCACAGGGGAGGAGGAGGACGAGGAGGAAGAGAGUGAAGAGUCACAAGAGGAGGAGGAAGGUGGAAAGAAAGAGGAAGGAGAGGAGGAGGAGGAGGAGGAGGAGGAGGAAGAUGGAGAAGGAAAGGAGAAAGAUAAGAAGGAAGGCAAUGUAGAAUGGAGGCGUCCUUGGUUUAUGUUCAGUAAAGCCCCGUAUUCUUGUCAUGGCAAUGUAGAAUGGAGGCGUCCUUGGUUUAUGUUCAGUAAAGCCCUGUAUUCUUGUCAUGGCAAUGUAGAAUGGAGACGUCAUUGGUCACAUACUGUUCUAAUGUAUGUGCACUUGCCACGCUGUUCACCAGGCAAAAGGCGUUGCAGAAAGAGCGCGAGAUCACUGUGUUGUGGGAGAAGACAGAGUCCCUUAGUGGUCAGCUGGUGACGGUCCACAACCACAGCCACUUUGAAGAGAAUGGCCUGAGCCACGACCACCUUGCUCAAGAAAAUAUCACGUUGACAGAGCUGAUUAAACAACUAGAAGAUAAGCUCAAACUUUCAAAGAUAGAAAUAAAAAACAUCACAAGACAGAAUAGUGAGCUGCAUGCACUUAUCACAGAGUAUAAAGUCACUCCCUCAGAGGAAAAAGACAAGGAUGGCACGUCUUCAUGUGAGAACUCAGAAGCUAAAUGUACAGAUACCAAGGGGAAAUUGCUGGGUCAAGUGGCUACACUGACAUCUGAGGUUAGCAGGUUGGAGAGUGAGUGCAGCAGUCUUCAGGUUCAGCUAGACUGUGAGAGGGAUAAGUAUAACAAACUGCUGGGAGAAUCUCUUGCUCAUGAAAAGUUGUCUGAAGAUGUCAUAACUGAACCAAAAGGAGAAACAACAGGAUUGGGAGGAACUGAGCUUUAACAGAAGCUGCAACAACUGCAGGAGGCUCACAGGGUCCUGGAGAGCAGGUUAACUUGCAGCAUGAAGGAGGUGGCUGAGCUGAGUGACAGGAAGUAGCAGCUUGAGCAUGCUGUAGUGCAUGAGGAGACAGAGUCCAUCGGUGACUACAUCACCAUCUACCAGUUGCAGCGAGGAGUGAUGAAGCAACAAGCUCGAGAACGCGAGUUAGACCUUGCCAGCCUCCAUCAUGAAUGAGAGGAAAUGAAGCAAAACCACUCUGCAGGAUUUGAUAUCAAAGCUGGUGCAGGAAAAGGAAGCAGAUCAUGACCUUCAGCAGCUCGAGAAGAUAAGCAGCGUCCUUAUAUAUAUGUUAUAUAAAUAUGUUCCUUUCACUAUAAUAUAUUAUAUGUAUUAAAAACUGCAUGGAAUACUACUGUAUUCCAUGCACUUUGUAUUCCAUGUAUUCCAGCCACUCAGUCUCCUACUGAGUGGCUGGGGUUUUCCAAAAGUGAGGGUUGGUGUUCUAUACCAUACCAUGUGCCCUGUUUGUAUUCCUUCUCUAUCCUCUGUAUUAUAUUCUAUGUAAAGAUGGUGCUGGGGUGGGAUCUACUUCUUAUUCCCUAAAAGUGAUGAGGAGUGACACUGGGCAGCAUUAAUUUGCUCCUUAGAGAUGGCUGGGUUCCUGUGGAUGAGUGGGCCAUGCUGUGCUUUGUCAAGGAUAGUGUUUGGUAUUGUGAUGACUCUUGCCACAAUCAAGUGUCUCCCACAGAGUAGUGGAGUACCUAUGUAUGGUGUUGACCCAAGCUGUCCAGGUCUCAUCCAAUGCCUUAAUAUGAUUUAGAUGAUCAAAAUGGUUUAACUCACCAUUUAAUCAGCUGACUGAUUUGAAUGGAGAAGUAUGUAAUGUGUUGUAGCCUAACCAUCCCUGCCAGCAUGGUCAGACUCUUGGUAGUAACCUGAAAUGCUCCUAGGUAGUGAGUAUCAUUGCACAUAAUGAUCUUUACUUUGUCAGUAAUUCAAUGAUACUGAAUAUUACUCUACUGGAUUUUGCUCAGCACUGCUUGGUAACUUUUGGCCAUAAUCCCAGGUCUGGAAUGAUAUGAAGCCAUGUUUUUACAUUCCAUAUGAGACAGGCAAGCACUAUGCUUUGCCUGACUGAUACCUGUACUUUGCAUUUAUGACCCCAGGUAGUUCAUCACUCUCUCUCUCUCUCUCUCUCUCUCUCUCUCUCUCUCUCUCUCUCUCUCUCUCUCUCUCUCUCUCUCUCUCUCUCUCUCUCUCUCUCUCUCUCUCUCUCUCUCUCUCUCUCUCUCUCUCUCUCUCUCUCUCUCUCUCUGUUUGGAAUUAUACUGUAUAUUAGGAAAUAUCAUUAAAGAGUGUGUGUGUAAAAAGUGUUUGCAUUAUUGUGCAUUUGAUGUUGGUUUCAUGAUUUAUAAAGAUUGCUAUUUUUAAUAAAGUUAUUGAAAUUGUUA